GCAAGGUUAGCCAAAGCUACUUACGUUACGUGUUUAUGCCUGACAGUGGCAGCAGCUGAGUGGAUUUCGUAACUGUACAGAAAAGUUACAGUUUUCUCUUGGAUGCCACAAUUAGUAGUUUACUUGUUUUGAAACGGCAAGUAUCACCAUUGUCAUGAAUCCGGACAUUUUAAGAGAGCGUGAAAAUGCUACAUUCAAUACGGAUCUUCUUACAAACAUUUUGGACGGGGAUCAAGAGAAGACCCGCAGGAGAAGAGAAAUAGAAUCGUUGGUCAUCAGUGAUCCUGAUUUCCAGCAAGAGGACCCCAACUUUCUGUCUCGGAGUGAAAGAUAUGACGCAGCCGUCAGGAAGAGUGCACAGAUGAUCCUCAAACUCAGAGAGUAUGGGAUUUCUGAUCCAGAGGAGAUAUACUUUUACAAGAGUGUGUAUCGAGGGAUCAACCACGAGGCGCUGGGCGUUCACUACGUCAUGUUCGUGCCCAUGCUGCAGAGCCAGGGUGAUGCGCAGCAGCGCAAGAAGUGGCUUCCACUGGUCGAGUCCUUCAAGGUCCUGGGCACCUACGCCCAGACCGAGAUCGGUCACGGGACGUUCAUCCGAGGUCUGGAGACCACCGCGACCUAUGACCCCGCCACACAAGAGUUUGUCAUGAACAGCCCCACCAUCAGCUCCAUCAAAUGGUGGCCCGGAGGAUUGGGCAAGACGUCUAACCAUGCGGUGGUGUUGGCCCAGCUCCACACUCAGGGCACCUGCCACGGCCUCCACGCCUUCAUCGUCCCCAUCCGAUCCAUGAGCACACACAUACCUCUACCAGGUGUCACCGUGGGAGAUAUUGGGCCCAAGUUUGGCUUCGACGAGGUGGACAACGGCUACCUGAAACUGGACAACGUGCGGAUACCUCGCGAGAACAUGCUCAUGAAGUAUGCUAAGGUGGAGGCGGACGGGACGUACCACAAGCCUCCGAGCUCCAAGCUGACGUACGGCACCAUGGUCUUCAUCCGCUCCAUGAUCGUGGGCGAGUCGGCGCGGGCGCUGUCCAAAGCCUGCACCAUCGCCAUCCGAUACAGCGCCGUCAGACACCAGUCUGAGCUGCGGCCCGGUGAGCCGGAGCCCCAGAUCCUGGACUACCAGACUCAGCAGUACAAGCUGUUCCCCCUGCUGGCCACCGCCUACGCCUUCCACUUCGUGGGCCAGUACAUGAGGAGCACCUACCACCGCAUCACCGGGGACAUCAACCAGGGGGACUUCAGCGAACUGCCAGAGCUGCACGCCACCUCUGCGGGCCUGAAGGCCUUCACCACCUGGGUGGCCAACGCGGGCAUCGAGGUGUGCCGCAUGGCGUGCGGCGGCCACGGCUACUCGCACGCCAGCAGCCUGCCCGGCAUCUACGUCACCUUCACCCCGACCUGCACCUACGAGGGCGAGAACACUGUUAUGAUGCUGCAGACGGCCAGGUACCUGAUGAAGAGCUACAAGCAGGCCAUGUCUGGUCAGCAGCUGAGUGGCAUGGUGUCCUACCUGAACGAGGCCCAGCAGCAGCGCCAGAUGCAGGCCCAGCCCGUCUCCUCCUCGCGCCUCGCCACCACCGCCACCGCCGCCGCCGCAUCCGUCCACCUCAGCGACCUGGCCAGCCUGGUGGAGGCAUACAAGCUACGCGCCGCCAAGCUGGUGGAGGUGGCGGCCAAGAGCCUGCAGGGGGAGCUCCAGAAGAGCCUCAGUCAGGAGGACGCCUGGAACAACUCCUCCAUCGACCUGGUCCGCGCAUCUGACGCCCAUUGCCACUACGUGGUGGUGAAGCUGUUUGUUGCCAAGCUGGAGGAGGUGGGGGAGGCGGCGGUGCACGCGGCCCUCAGCACACUGGCGCAGCUCUACGCCCUGCAUGGCCUCGCACAGCACUCUGGAGACUUCCUCCAGGCCGGGCUGCUGACGGUGCCUCAGCUCUCCAGCGUCUCGCAGCGCAUCAAGAGUCUGCUGGCGGAGGUACGGACCAACGCGGUGGCCCUGGUGGACGCCUUCGACUACCGCGACGAGAUCCUCAACUCGUCUCUGGGACGCUACGACGGCAACGUCUACGAGCACAUGUUCGAGUGGGCGCGCAAGUCUCCGCUCAACCGCACAGAGGUUCAUCCGUCAUACCACAAGUACCUGAAACCUCUUCAGUCUAAGCUGUAAGCUCCUUGGAGCACGAGAGAGGACAGCACACAGUCAGCACUAACUUCAAGCAAGAGGGGUAACGUAACGUGUGUUCCCUCUGGAGGAAGGGGGAGUUGGUGGGCGGGCGGGCACUCUGCAAUCAUAAAGGAUGCGUCGUCCCGCACGGUCAUAUCAUUUCAAAACAUCUGGAUGCCUUCAGUUAAUCGGGUUUAAGACCCACAACUCUGCAUGUUGAGAGAAAGCACUUAAUCGAUUGGUGCAAAGUGAUGUCUCACAGGUACCUCAAACUGUAUGCUUACUUUACCCUCUUUUUUUGGAGGAAAAAAACUAUUACAACGGUAACAUUCCCCUUCUCAUCGGAACCAUUUCAUGGCCGAAUGGUUUGACAACCCGUAUAUACAGCAAAUAUGGUCAAUACAAGAAGUCAAAGGUUGUAAAAGAAGUGCAAAAAUAGAAAAGUUAGCAGAUACUUGAUUUUUUUAUUUUUGCUAAUCCACUUAAACUGUGUUUUUUUUUUACUAACCUGUCAACCAUUGCCUUUGCACCAGUGAUGUCUUCCUUGUUUAGUAUGUUCAGAAAAGAACUGUAACCGAGAUACUGUACUCUAGGGCUGGGCGGUAUACCGUUUAAUUUUUUUAUUUAUUUUUUUUUUUUAUUUUUUUUUUUUUAUUCCAAAAAGUGAUUAAAAUAGAAAUGGAGAUUCAUUAAAAUUCAGGAUUUUAUCUCUUUUAAUUUUUAUUUCAGCUUUUUCUUCAGAAACAUUGAGAUGUGGGGGAAAAUCAGCACUUAUGAAAAAAAAAUCGAGCAGAGAAUAUAGAGUGAUAUUAAUUUUCAUCUAGAAAACCGUGAUUCAGAUUUUUUCCAGAACCGCCCAGCCCUACUGUACCCUACUGUACUCUAGGAUAACUUCAUUGAUGAUUUAAAUGUAAAUAAUAUGGAGAGAGCGAGCGAGGGAGAACACUCCCUGAAAACUAGCUCACAAUCAUGAUUUGAAAUGAAACUAAAGGGAGUGUAAUCCUAUACAGUGGUAAUUCAAGGGCUGCUGUUCACCCAGGCCAUGUGUAACUGAAUGUAAUAUUAACUACAUUGGAAAUCUGUAAUAUUAAAUCAAAUGUGUAAAUAAAUAUAGUUUUCUAACAACUGUAAUGGUUUUUAUGUAUUUUGGAGAUGUAGUAAAAAAAAACUGGAACGUUUUAUGCUUUGUAGAUACAGUCAUUUAAUUUUUAUCAUUGCAAAAUGAUUACAGUGCAACAGCUUAGCAGUCCAACAAACCAGGCCAAUGCCGUUGUGCAUUACUAUUAUGAGUUUUAAAUCAGUUGAUCUUGUCUUGAUGUAUACAGACCUUUGUCAUUGGUCAGAUGCGACCACCCAAAUGCGAAUGUUUUCUGCAUUAAAUUGUUAAGUUGAGAAUGUUUGUGGUGGCUGUGA